CCUCCCCCCUCCCCCAGCCGCCUUGUGCAAAGAUGGCUGCACCGUGAGCGCAGAGGAGGAGGAGGCGGCGGCGGCGGCGGCGAGAGAGCGAGCACCCAGCGCCUGCACCCACCCCGGGGCCGCCCGGGACGCCCCCUCCCGAGCGCGCGCCCCCCCUUUUCUCUCGCAAGCGCCGGGGCAAAGGCGGAGACAGCGGGGUCCCUCCUCCCCCCUUCCCUCCUCUAGGGGGAACCCCCCUUCCCCCUUCCUUGGCUCAGCGACUGCACCCCCUCCCUUGCCCGCCCCUCCGCCCCUGCCCCCUCCCUCCCCCGCCCGGGGCCUUCCCGGGCCUUCGGCGGCUGCAAAGAAAAAAAGAGAGAGAGAAAAGGGGGGAAAAAAAAGCAGCAGCGGAGGGAGCGGCGGCGGAGGAGAGCGCGCGCGCGCCCCCUCCCUCCCUCCCUCCCCCUCCCCCUCCCCCCAAUUUCCACCGCGGCCAAUUCAUGGACAGGAACUACCCCAGCGCCGGCUUCGGGGACCCGCUCGGCGCCGGGGCGGGAUGGAGUUACGAGAGGUCAGCGAAAGCUAGCUUGGUUUAUGGCAGCUCCAGGACCUCGCACCCCGAGACGGACAUCUUACACCGCCAGGCCUACGCGGCCCCCCACCCACUGCAAAGCUAUGCCACCAACCACCACCCGGCAGGCCUCUCUGGACUCUUCGACACUGGCCUCCACCACGCGGGCUCAGCAGGGCCCGACGCCUCCGUCAUGAACCUCAUCUCGGCCCUGGAAUCCCGGGGCCCCCAGCCUGGCCCCUCCGCCUCCUCUCUCCUCUCCCAGUUCCGCAGUCCUUCCUGGCAAACAGCCAUGCACACGCCAGGCCCCACGGAGCUCUUCAUCUCGGGCGCCCUGCCGGGUUCCAGCACCUUUCCGUCCUCAUCUGCCCUGUCGGCUUACCAACACCCGGCUUCCUUCGGCAGCCGCCCCUUCCCAGUGCCCUCGUCCCUCAGCCUCCAGGACCCCCCAUUCAGCCCUCCAGCUAACGGGCUUCUGUCCCCUCAUGACGUGCUGCACCUGAAGCCCUCGCAGGCACCCACGGUGCCCUCUUCACUGGGCUUCGAGCGCCUGGCAGGGGGCGGUGUCUUGGGGCCAGCUGGUCUCGGUCCAGCCCAGACCCCCCCUUACCGCCCUGGCCCCCCAGACCCACCACCACCUCCUCGCCACCUCCCAACUCAGUUCAACCUGCUGGCUUCCUCUUCCGCUGCCGCCGCCGCUGCCGAGCAGUCCUCCCCACAGCUCUAUAACUUCUCGGGUGCUGCCCCGGGCCCACCGCCGCCUGAGCGGGCCCUGCCACGCCAGGACACGGUCAUCAAGCACUACCAGCGGCCAGCCAGUGCCCAGCCCCCACCACCCCCGCCACCAGCCCAUGCGCUCCAGCACUAUCUGAGCUGCGGAGGCAGCUACCCCUCCAUGGGCCACCGGGCUAACCUGGCCUGCAGCCCCCUGGGUGGUGGGGAGCCCUCCCCGGGUGCUGGGGAGCCUAGCAAGGCUGGUCCCAGCGGAGCCACGGCGGGGGCAUCUGGCCGGGCCACGGGCCCUGAGGCAGCAGGGGGCGGUGGGGCUGGGGGUGGUGGUGGAGGUUACCGCCCCAUCAUUCAGUCGCCUGGGUACAAGACGGGCAAAGGUGGUUAUGGAGCAGCUGCCGGGGGUGCCACCAGGCCCCCCCCACCCCGUUCGACCGCCACCCCCAAAUGUCAGAGCCUGGGUGGGCCAGCAGCCGCCUAUGCCACUGGGAAGGCCUCUGGGGCUGGAGGGGCAGGGGGCCAGGCUUAUUCCCCUGGUCAGCCUCAAGGGCUUCUGGGACCCCAGGCCUAUGGGCAAGGGUUUGGAGGGGGGCAGGCACAGGACUUGAGCAAAGCCCCCAGCUACUCAGGGGGCCCCCCACAGCCCCCCAGCGGCCCCCCUCCUCCUGGCCUGGCCACAUGUCAGAGCUACUCCCCGGACCAGCUGCAGGGGCAGCUGUAUGGGGUGCAGGGCGAGCCAUACCCAGGGCCAGCUGCCCACUCCCAGGGGCUGCCCACAGCCAGCCCCUCGCUCAGCUACAGUACCGGCCAUUCCCCAGCGCUCUCGGGCCAUGGGGGUGGCUGGGGACCCAGCUCCCUGGGAGGCGGCGGUGAGGCCAGCCCAUCUCACAUCAUUCGUCCGCUCCAGUCACCGCCUGCCACCGGCCGCCCACCUGGAGUCGGCUCUCCAGGAGCCCCUGGCAAAUACCUGAGCUCAGUCUUGGCCUCAGCGCCUUUCCUGGCACCUCCGGGAGCUGGCAGCUAUGCAGCCGGAGCAGGUGGCUACAAGGGCAAGGGGGAUGGCUCGGAGCUGCUGGCAGGCACAGGUGGGCCUCCUGCGGAGCGCACAGAGGAUGAGGAGUUCCUUAUCCAGCACCUCUUGCAGGCGCCCAGCCCUCCUCGGACCUCAGGGGCGGACGGCUUGGUGGGCGAGGACGGGGCAGCAGAUGCCUCUAAGGGACUUGGGGGGAGUGGCGGGCCCGGGGGACCGCCGGGUACACCCUAUGAGUUGGCCAAGGAAGACCCCCAGAGGUACCACCUGCAGAGUGUCAUCCGCACCAGUGCCAGCCUGGAUGAGGGUGCCACUGCGGCACUGGAGCUGGGCCUGGGGAGGCUGAAGGAGAAGAAGAAAGGGCCAGAGCGGGGUGGCGAGACCCCCGAGGGGCUGGCCACCUCUGUUGUCCACUACGGGGCAGGCGCCAAGGAGCUGGGGGCCUUCUUGCAAAAGAGCCCUCCGCCCCCACCUCCCACGGCCCAGUCUACCCAGCCCACUCCCCAUGGCCUCCUUCUGGAGGCCGGGGGCCCUGACCUCCCACUGGUGCUGCCUCCGCCUCCCCCCCAGCUGCUCCCCUCGGUCCUCAGCCAUGCCCCCAGUCCCUCUCCCAGCGCCUCCAAAGUCGGCGUCCACCUCCUUGAGCCAGCCACCCGCGAUGGGGCACCCCAGCCACCUCCACCGCCACCCCCGCCUCCACCACCCAUGCCCCUGCAGCUCGAGGCCCACCUCCGCAGCCAUGGCCUGGAGCCCGCGGCCCCCAGCCCCCGCCUGCGACCCGAGGAGAGCCUGGAUCCGCCAGGCGCCAUGCAGGAAUUGCUCGGGGCUCUGGAGCCGCUGCCCCCGGCGCCUGGGGACACCGGCGUAGGCCCGCCGAACUCGGAGGGCAAGGAUCCCGCAGGCGCCUACCGCAGCCCCAGCCCGCAAGGCACCAAGGCGCCGCGUUUCGUGCCGCUCACCUCCAUCUGCUUCCCUGACUCCUUGCUCCAAGACGAGGAGCGCAGCUUCUUCCCCACCAUGGAGGAGAUGUUCGGUGGAGGGGCCGCGGACGACUACGGCAAGGCCGGGCCACCCGAGGACGAGGGGGACCCCAAGGCUGGCGCUGGGCCACCCCCCGGCCCCCCUGCUUAUGAUCCCUAUGGGCCCUACUGUCCUGGCCGGGCGUCGGGAGCCGGGCCCGAGACACCGGGCCUGGGCCUGGACCCCAACAAACCGCCUGAACUGCCCUCCACGGUCAACGCCGAGCCGCUGGGCCUGAUCCAGAGCGGCCCCCACCAGGCGGCGCCACCACCCCCGCCUCCGCCACCGCCGCCUCCCGCGCCGGCCUCCGAACCCAAGGGUGGCCUCACCUCGCCCAUCUUCUGCUCUACCAAGCCAAAGAAGCUGCUCAAGACAUCCUCCUUCCACCUGCUGCGGCGCCGCGACCCACCCUUCCAGACCCCCAAGAAGCUGUACGCCCAGGAGUACGAGUUCGAGGCGGACGAGGACAAGGCCGAUGUUCCCGCCGACAUCCGCCUCAACCCCCGGCGCUUGCCUGACCUGGUCUCCAGCUGCCGCUCCCGCCCGGCCCUCUCGCCACUGGGGGACAUCGACUUCUGCCCACCCAACCCAGGACCCGAUGGCCCCCGGCGCCGUGGCCGCAAGCCCACGAAGGCGAAACGUGAUGGGCCACCCCGGCCACGGGGGAGGCCCCGGAUCCGCCCGUUGGAGGUCCCGACCACUGCGGGGCCCGCCUCGGCCUCCACGCCCACCGAUGGCGCCAAGAAACCCCGGGGCCGGGGCCGAGGCCGGGGUCGAAAGGCUGAGGAGGCAGGGGGCACCCGGUUGGAGCCCCUGAAGCCACUUAAGAUCAAGCUGUCUGUGCCCAAGGCUGGCGAGGGUCUGGGAACCUCAUCGGGUGAUGCCAUAUCAGGCACUGACCACAACAGCCUGGACUCGAGCCUCACUCGGGAGAAGAUCGAGGCCAAGAUCAAGGAGGUGGAGGAGAAGCAGCCGGAGAUGAAGUCGGGUUUCAUGGCCUCCUUCUUGGACUUCCUCAAGUCAGGCAAGCGCCACCCACCACUCUACCAGGCGGGCCUGACGCCUCCGCUCAGCCCUCCCAAGAGUGUGCCACCCUCUGUGCCAGCCCGAGGCCUGCAGCCCCAGCCCCCUGCCACCCCUGCUGUGCCACAUCCCCCACCUUCCGGAGCCUUUGGGCUUGGGGGCGCCCUGGAGGCUGCAGAGAGUGAGGGGCUGGGGCUCGGCUGCCCUUCACCCUGCAAGCGGCUGGAUGAGGAGCUGAAGCGGAACCUCGAGACGCUGCCCUCCUUCUCCUCGGACGAGGAAGACUCUGUCGCCAAGAACCGAGACCUGCAGGAGAGCAUCUCCUCCGCCAUCUCUGCCCUCGAUGACCCACCCCUUGCUGGGCCAAAGGACACUUCCACCCCAGAUGGGCCGCCCUUGGCCCCCGCGGCUGCAGUUCCAGGGCCACCCCCUCUUCCGGGGCUCCCCAGUGCCAACAGCAAUGGCACUCCCGAGCCCCCGCUGCUGGAGGAGAAACCCCCACCCACUCCACCUCCUGCCCCGACUCCUCAGCCUCAGCCUCCGCCACCCCCUCUGCCGCCACAGCCAGCCCUGCCCUCGCCACCCCCGCUGGUGGCUCCCACGCCCAGCUCACCACCGCCACCGCCGCUGCCGCCGCCGCCACCUCCACCAGCCAUGCCCUCGCCUCCACCACCACCUCCACCAGCCACUGCCCCACUGGCUGCUCCUCCUGAGGAGCCCGCCGCCCCGUCCCCCGAAGACCCCGAGCUGCCGGACACCCGGCCCCUGCAUCUGGCCAAAAAGCAGGAGACGGCGGCAGUGUGUGGGGAGACGGACGAGGAGGCCGGCGAGAGUGGCGGAGAGGGCAUCUUCCGGGAACGGGACGAGUUCGUCAUCCGUGCUGAGGACAUCCCUUCCCUCAAGCUGGCGUUGCAGACGGGACGCGAACCCCCACCCAUCUGGCGAGUCCAGAAGGCCCUUCUGCAGAAGUUCACUCCGGAGAUCAAGGACGGCCAGAGGCAGUUUUGUGCCACCAGUAAUUAUUUGGGGUAUUUUGGGGAUGCAAAAAAUCGGUACCAGCGCCUCUAUGUAAAGUUCCUGGAAAAUGUCAAUAAGAAGGACUACGUGAGGGUCUGUGCUCGGAAACCCUGGCAUCGGCCCCCAGUGCCAGUCAGACGCUCUGGGCAGGCCAAGAACCCCGCAUCUGCUGGGGGUAGCUCUGCACCUCCCCCUAAGGCCCCAGCACCACCUCCCAAGCCUGAGACCCCUGAAAAGACAACAUCUGAGAAGCCCCCAGAGCGGACGCCUGAGACGGCCAUGCCUGAGCCCCCUGCCCCUGAGAAGCCCUCCCUCCUGCGGCCUGUUGAGAAGGAAAAGGAGAAGGAGAAGGUGACGCGUGGAGAGCGGCCAUUGCGGGGUGAGCGGGCCACCAGCGGAAGGCAGACACGGCCAGAGCGGAGUCUCGCCACAGGACAGCCUGCCACAUCCCGGCUGCCUAAAGCCCGGCCUACCAAGGUGAAGGCUGAACCGCCCCCUAAGAAGAGGAAGAAAUGGCUGAAGGAGGCAGGCGGCAACGCUGCAGCAGGCGGGGGCCCACCAGGCAGCUCCUCGGACUCAGAGUCCUCCCCUGGAGCCCCCAGCGAGGACGAGCGGGCAGUACCUGGGCGUCUGCUGAAAACCAGGGCGAUGCGGGAGAUGUACCGGAGUUACGUGGAGAUGUUGGUGAGCACAGCACUUGACCCAGACAUGAUCCAGGCCCUGGAGGACACGCAUGACGAGCUGUACCUGCCCCCCAUGCGGAAGAUAGACGGCCUGCUGAAUGAGCACAAGAAGAAAGUCCUGAAGCGGCUGUCGCUAAGCCCAGCCCUGCAGGAUGCUCUGCACACGUUCCCACAGCUGCAAGUGGAGCAGAGUGGGGAGGGCUCUCCGGAAGAGGGGGCUGUGCGGCUGCGGCCUGCCGGGGAACCCUACAACCGCAAGACGCUCAGCAAGCUCAAGAGGAGCGUGGUCAGAGCCCAGGAGUUCAAGGUUGAGCUGGAAAAAUCGGGAUACUAUACACUCUACCAUUCGCUCCACCACUAUAAAUACCACACCUUCCUGCGCUGCCGGGACCAGACCCUGGCCAUCGAGGGCGGCGCCGAGGACCUGGGCCAGGAGGAGGUGGUCCAGCAGUGCAUGCGGAACCAGCCGUGGCUGGAACAGCUCUUUGACUCCUUCAGUGACCUGCUGGCCCAAGCACAGGCCCACAGCCGCUGUGGGUGACCCCGCCCCAGCUUGUGAGGGGGGCGCCUCCUCCAUGAACCGAGAAUUGGGACGGAACCGUGUCCUCAGGAGCUAACACCUGGGCUCCGUCGCCGGGGAAAGGGGGUCAUGGGUCAGGGUGUGUCUGUGCUGCCCCCUCCAGGGCAGGGUUCAAAGUCCGACUCCCCCCCCCUCCCGAGCCCCCUCCACUCCCUCCCCGUUCCUCCCACUGUUCGGUGUACAGAGAAAUUAUUUAUAUAUAUGUAUAAAUGUCUAUUUAGUAACGGUUUCCCUCUCCCCUUGCCCCGACCCCACCUCCACAGCCACAGCCCCCGCCCCCUCCACCUUGUACAUAAUGUAUAGGAAAAGUCUAUGUAUGGCUGGGGGGGGUGGGGUGGCUUCAGAGAGCUGGGGGACCCCUUUCCCCCAAGUCCCCCCUGCAGGCCAAGAUCUUUGCUAAAGGCCAUUCCCUCCCCAGGGCAUUUGGCGUCGGGUGGGAGGGGAAAACGCAUCUUGUUAAUUAUUUUUAAUCUUAUUUAUUGUACAUACCUGGGGCAGGGGCUUGGGGAGGUGGAGGGGGGAGAAGGGUCCCCUCUCUCUGCCCCUCCCAAUCCUUUUCUACGGCGAUUUGUCUGUGUCUCGCCCCCACCCGCUGCCCACCCCCCAUUGUUAUCUGGAUGUGGUUCUAUUUUUUAUCGGUCUCCUUUCCCCUCCUCCCCGUUCUCGCCCCUGCCCCACCCCGCCCCCUGCUCCCACCACCCUUUGUCUCUUGCUCUUUCUUGGGCUUCUGUACAACUCAACUUGUAUACACUGUGUACACACAACCAGCCAAACGAAAACCCAACGGCAAACACUUUA